CCAGCCCCACGCCAUCCGGGGCCAGAGGUUGUGUGCGCAGCACUCAAAUAUAUAUCUACAGGCGGUGCUGCGCGGCUUUUCUGAGUGUUACGGCGCCCUCCUCCCGCCCCCGCGCCGCGCGGGCGGGGACCCACCGGUUCUGCUCCGCAUUAGCUUCGGCAAAGGGAGGACUCCCGGGAGCCGGUCCCGGGCGUCCAGUCGCCCAACCCUUUUCAGGCUUGGGCCCGCAUGGAGGGGACCGUGGAGUCCCAGACGCCUGAUCUGCGGGAUGUAGAGGGUAAGGUGGGCAGGAAGACCCCUGAAGGGCUGCUACGCGGGCUGCGAGGCGAGUGUGAGCCGGGAACCCCUGGCACCCUGCUGCUCCCAGGGGCGCCUAGCACCGGCCACGGCUUGGGGGACAAGAUCAUGGCGCUGAAGAUGGAGCUGGCUUACCUGCGAGCCAUCGAUGUGAAGAUCCUGCAGCAGCUGGUGACCUUGAAUGAGGGCAUCGAGGCGGUGCGCUGGCUGUUAGAGGAGCGGGGGACGUUGACCAGUCAUUGCAGCAGCCUCACCAGCAGUCAAUAUAGCCUGACAGGCGGGAGCCCAGGCCGCUCAAGGAGAGGCAGCUGGGACAGCCUGCCAGACAUCAGCACCACCGACCGGCUGGACAGUGUCUCUAUUGGCAGCUUCCUGGACACAGUGGACCCCGGCGAGCUGGAUGAACAGGGCCCACCUGGGGCUCCACGUCCUGAGAUGGACUGGGCAAAGAUUAUAGCUGGUGGAGAGAGGGCCAGGACUGAGGUGGAUGUGACAGCCAUGAGGCUAGGGAGCUUGAGGGCUGUGUGGAAGCCCCCAGGGGAGAGGCUUCAAGGUGGACCACCUGAGUCACCAGAGGAUGAGAGUGCUAAGCUGGGCUUCGAGGCCCACUGGUUCUGGGAGCAGUGCCAGGAUGAUGUGACCUUCUUGUAACAACUUUUCCACACUUUUGUAAUCCUCUUUUAUCUGUUAGUUGUGGUCUCCCUCAAAAUUGAUUCUUCCUCAGUCUGAGACUAGGAAGAGGCUGCACGGAAAUCAGUUACUAUGGAAACCUGGCUCAUCAUUUACUGGUACCUAGGGAGUCUCUUCCUUUAUCCCUAAAUUAUUGGGUCCCUGGAGCUAUUUCUUUCUUUCUUUUUUCUUUUUUUUGAGACAGAGUCUUAUGCUGUCACUCAAGCUGGAGAGCAGCGGCAUGAUCACGGCUCACUGUAGCCUUGAUCUCCUGGGCUCAAACAAUCCUCCCACCUCAGCCUCCCACAUAGUUAGGACCAUAGGCAUGUACCACCCUGCCCGGCUAACUUUAAAUUUAUUUUUUGGUAGAGACAGGGUUUCCCUAUGUUGCCCAGGCUGGUCUCAAACUCCUGGGCUCAAGGGGCUCUCCCACCUCAGCCUCACAAAGUGCUAGGAUUGUGCCUGGCCCCUACAGAUAUUUCUACAGAGAUACUGACUCUAGAGGAUUGACCUGUGGCUUCUGGUGUGAAGUAUCUCUUACUACUCCCCCCAGCUAGGUAAAGAUUUAAGGCAUUUAAGACCCCCAGGAGUUCACUGAUGAAGAGAUGGGGGUGUAAUUACUUUACCCAAAGUCUAGAAGCCUUGGCCCUCUCUUGGCCAAGAUGGAGGAUUGAGGAGGGACAUGGACAUUCAGGACUAACCCUCUAUGGGUUGGCCCUCCCAGAAGUCUCUGGGCUGGUGGACUUGCCCCUUCCUACCUGCUAAGUGACGUCAUUUCCUGCCAGGAUGGGUAGCCCUUGGAUGGUGGUAGGUCAUAUAGGGGUAUCUGAGCUCCUGGUGCUAAGUGAGAUCACAUUAUUUAUUGUCCAUACCAUUACUUCUUGUGAACAGGAAGAUGUCACUCCUCCUAGCAGGAAAGCUUUUCACUGUCAGAUGUUUGUGCUUCUUUUCAAAAGGUUCUUACUUUUUAAAUAGAGCAUUCUCAUUUUAUCCUA